AUGCCAAAAAAAAAUGUCUCUUUUACAUCGAUGAAGAGCACGCCUCACUGCGUGCACGCUACUCGUCACGCGCUAUGUGCUGCGCGUCACAGGCAGCACCUAAAAACUCGUCGUUUUCUCUCUCAUACAUGCCCCUCGAUGGUGAGUGUAGAUGCCUACGGCGCGAGAGGAGCAGCUUGUCACGAGACGAGCCGGCGUAGUGCUCCAGUUCCACCCGCUCCUGCCGUCGUGCACGCAGCGUCUCUAGACAGCAGCGACGCUGCUCGCGGUACCACGCAAAGGCUGCGCUGUGCUCGGCGGCCCACAAAGUGUGCGGCACGU